AUGCCGCGGACACGGGCGCUCCAGGGCUCCUCGGCGGUUCCGAGCAGCAUGGCACGGCUGAGGUACCUCCGCGCCGCUGUCUCGGGCUUCUAUUUGUGGGAAGCUGCGGUGCUGCUCAGCUUGGUAGCUACAAAGGAAACAGACAGUGCAAGAUCCCGUAGCAUGCCAAUGUCACCAUCUGAUUUCUUGGAUAAACUAAUGGGUAGGAUGUCGGGCUACGAUGCAAGGAUCAGACCAAAUUUCAAAGGUCCUCCAGUUAAUGUCACAUGCAACAUAUUUAUAAACAGCUUUGGAUCCAUUGCAGAGACAACCAUGGAUUACCGAGUGAACAUCUUUCUCCGUCAGAAUUGGAAUGAUCCACGUCUUGCAUAUAGUGAAUAUCCAGAUGACUCUUUAGACUUAGAUCCAUCUAUGCUGGAUUCAAUUUGGAAACCAGAUUUGUUCUUUGCUAAUGAAAAAGGUGCCAACUUUCAUGAAGUUACAACGGAUAAUAAGUUGUUAAGAAUUUUCAAAAAUGGAAAUGUACUUUAUUCCAUCAGAUUGACUUUAAUACUGUCCUGCCCAAUGGAUCUCAAAAAUUUUCCAAUGGAUGUGCAAACAUGUAUAAUGCAGUUGGAAAGCUUUGGAUACACAAUGAAUGAUCUCAUUUUUGAAUGGCAAGAAAAAGGAGCAGUUCAAGUAGCAGAAGGACUCACUCUGCCACAGUUUCUAUUGAAAGAAGAAAAGGAUUUGUGUUACUGCACCAAGCAUUACAAUACAGGAAAGUUUACGUGUAUUGAAGUCCGAUUUCACCUCGAGAGACAGAUGGGUUACUAUCUCAUCCAGAUGUACAUACCAAGUCUCUUGAUCGUGAUUCUCUCCUGGGUGUCAUUUUGGAUCAAUAUGGAUGCAGCUCCAGCCAGAGUGGCUUUAGGCAUAACAACUGUACUGACCAUGACAACACAAAGCUCAGGCUCACGAGCAUCACUUCCGAAGGUGUCAUAUGUCAAAGCAAUUGACAUCUGGAUGGCUGUGUGUCUGCUCUUUGUAUUUUCUGCACUUUUGGAAUACGCAGCUGUAAAUUUUGUGUCAAGGCAGCAUAAAGAACUCCUGCGAUUCCGACGGAAGAGGAAGAAGAACAAGUAUUUUGAGGGAGUUCUUGAUGGAAAUGAAAUCAAUGAAUCAUUACAGCAUAGCAAUGGCUUGAGAUGUGCAGGACCUAUAGACGGGACUUUGCCUCAAAUCUACAGUACAAAUUUAAGGGAUGACGAUGCACGGGAAAGUCAGUUCAGUUUUACAGCAUAUGGAGUGGGGCCAUGUCUGCAAGCAAAAGAUGGAGUGGCACAGAAGGGGCCAAAUAAUCCUGCUCAAGCUGUACCUAAAAGCCCUGAUGAGAUGAGAAAAGUAUUCAUUGACCGAGCCAAGAAGAUAGACACAAUUUCCAGAGCUUGUUUUCCAUUAGCUUUUCUGAUUUUCAACAUUUUUUACUGGGUAAUUUACAAAAUCAUAAGGCACGAAGACAUUCACCAAUAA